ACAAGCAAAUUUACCCACCUUGGUUAGGCAUCAUUCUUGUUUAGUGCUAAUAAUAAAGUAGUAAUGAAAGGCUCAAAAUUGUUUGUUUUGGUAAUUCUUUCUGCAACUUUUCAGUACUGCUCUUCAGAUGCUAUUACUACUACUGCUAGUACUCCACCUCUGCACAACAAGAAGACUCCAGCAAUAUCUCCCAACCCUUUUGGCUCCUCUACACUCUUCCCUGUUAAAGGAAGUAUUCAGGAGGGGUACUAUUAUACAAACCUGGGAAUAGGAAAGUCACACAAGUCCUACGUUGUUGAUAUUGAUACUGGCAGUGAACUCACUUGGGUCAUAUGUGAUGCAUAUCCACCACCAACUCUAAAAUCUCGAAAGGGCCAAUCUCACCAUGAUCCAUACAAGCUGUCCAGGGUAGUUAUAUCAUGUGACGACCCUCUCUGUAAUUAUGCUAAACAUCCUCGAGAUGACCCAUGCAGAUUAUUAUCUAAUGAUAAUCCAUGUCCCUACCGGCUUGAAUAUGGCGAUGGUAGUUCUUCUACUGGCACCCUCGUCAGAGACUACUUCCAUACCCGCUUCACCAAUGGCUCUAUCCUUAGAUCCUCCCUCAUCUUUGGGUGUGGAACAUAUCACCCUCCAGAAUCUGAUCCAAAUAAAAAGCUUUUCGGAGAUGGAGUCCUUGGCCUUGCCAACGGUAAAUUGAGCAUUGUGCGGCAGCUACGUGAAAAGGGUCUGAUGCUAAACAAAAUUGGCCAUUGUUUCAACUCCGAAAAAGAUCAACAAGGAUACCUUUUCUUUGGAGACUAUCUUGACCCUUCUUCUUCUUCAAGUAUUGAGUGGACACCAAUGGUUACCCUAUCAAAGGAUAACAACCACUACUCGCCGGGGAGGGCAGAUCUCCUUUUUGAUAACAAGCCUACUUCUGUGAAGAAACUUGACGUAGUUUUUGACAGUGGGGCUACCUAUGUCGUCUUAACUAGCCAAGCUUACAAAGCUGCUCUUAAAAAUGUACAAAGGAAUCUAGACAGAACACCCCUGGUGCUGGUUGAGGAUGCUUUUCUUGAAAAAUGUUGGGGAUGGAGUAAGCGGAUCGAAUCUAUUGAUGAAGUGAAGAAAUACUUCAAGAGCAUGGCACUGAACUUCACAAAUGCCAGGAAUUUUGUGCAAUUCCAAUUGCCACCUCAAUCUUACCUUAUCAUCUCACCUUCAGGGAAUGUCUGCUUUGGGAUUUCGUAUGACUCCGAGUCAGCUGGUCAGAACAUAAUUGCGGACAUUGCAUUUCAAGAUAAAUUAGUGGUUUACAACAAUGAGAGAAAGCUGAUUGGAUGGGCUUCUUCAAAAUGCAUUUAUCCCCCCAGGGUUGAAGUUGAUCAUGAUCAAGAAAGCAAUGGUUUGUCUUCCCUUGAAGAUGCUUAGGGCCAUUAUGAAGAUAAUAAAAAGGCAUAUAUAUACUAGAAGGUUGGGGUUUGCUGAUUUAAUGUGUGGAGUACAAGGUGUAGUUUGGGGGUAGUUUUUCUUUGCUUUUGUUUGUGGGUGUUUGCUUUUGUUGGUAGCUUGCCAAGUGUGAUGUUGCUUGUGUCUGUAUGUGUGUUGGGGGUGAGGGGUGUUUUUGGAAGAAACUUGGAAUUUGCUUUGUGUAUGUGCCAAAUAUGCUUCCUAGCGAUGAAGUUUUUUUUCCUUAAUCCUCCUUAUCUCAAUGUAUUUCAUCAUUUCAAGUUAAUAAAGUUUUUGUUUGUCGAUGAA